AUGUCGCUGGUCACCAACAAUAUCGCGGUGAUUACGCGAGCCUUGAUCCGGAACGAGUACGAAGAUUUGCGGAAUAAAAUGAAAUCGCUGAAUGCGGUGAUCGAAGUGCCGUUGGAUAAAGUGGACGGCCACGGUUUGGACGUGGAAAACGAUCACCGGCAGCACUUUGACCUCCUUCGCUCCAAUCCCGAAUAUCUGUACGUUGCGUUUUCGUCCAUUGAUUCAUCUAGUUCGCUGCGGAAACGCCUUCUUUCCAUCCUGUCAAAUCGGCUGAUCGGCCAGGACUUCACCCAAAUCAAAGAGGCCAUCAACAUCAACACCUACAUCUCGUUUCUCUGCGAGGUCUUCCGCUCCAAACCGAAGGAGACUAUUUUUUCGGCCGUCUCUUCGGAGGACUGGAACUGCAUCAACCCUGCCUGCGGGCGCCAGAACCACCCCAUUCUGACGCGCUGCCAGUAUUGUCUCUGGGAAAGGGUGGCGAAUCAGCCCUUGCAUGUCAUUUUCAUUCUGCACGGAUUCAAAGCCAAUCCGUUUGACAUGAAGAAGGUGAAGGAUCUGAUCUCGCUGACGUAUCCCCACGUGAAGUGCAUUCUCAUCCAAGCCUGCUACCCGUGCACCUCCCAAAGCCUGCACUACCUCGCGGACACUGUGGUGAACGAGAUGCUGGUCAAGAUGACGGGGCUGCAGGAGCAGAUGCACUGCACCAUCAACCGGAUUUCCUUCGUCGCGCAUUCUCUCGGCGGAUUGGUCUUCCAGAUCGCUGUGAACGAUCCUCGCAUGGCCAAAUUCGCGCCGUAUUACCAUCUCUUCCUGUCGCUCAAUGUGCCCCAUGUCGGAAUUCCGCUUUCUUACUACCGCUCGGAGCUGGGAGGGAAGCUUUUCCUCAUGCUCACCAAAUCGAACCAGCUCGACGAGCUGUUCUUGCAGGACAAUAAGGACUGGCGACAAACCACGCUGUACAAACUUUCUGAACACCCGGGAUUCGACAAAUUCAAGUUCUUCUAUAUGCUGUCCUCCUACCAAGACACAUUUAUCCCUUUCUACUCCGAGCGAGCGGAGGUCACUCCGCAGAUGGAGCAAUCGACAAAGGAAGAACUGACGAUUCUAUCUGAAAUGGUGACGAACUUUUGGAGGGAUUUGAAGAAGCCGGAGUGUAAGACGGUGAUAAAGAAGUUUGAUAUUUGUAUCGAGCAAUCGGGUCUCGUCGAAUCGUUUUCGGGAAGAACUGCCCACACAACAAUUUUGACAGAUCUAAGCAUGCUAUAUGCACUCAUUAUGAAAAUAAGGGAAUGCUUUAGUUGA